AUUCACAUAGACUGGAGCGCGUGGGCACGUGCGUUCGAUUACCAGUGGGCAGGAGCAGUAGAAAAUAUUAGAGGAAAUGCAGAGAGGAGGUAGACCGCAGGGGCAAAAAGACGACAACCGCUCCAAGGGGCAAUUUCUGGCGAACCGAUAGAUUAAAUUCAGAAUAAAAUAACUGAGAAAAUGACGAUAGACGAUGAAAACUCUAUAUACGUUGGGGGGCUUCCUUACAGUGCUACCGAGGACACCGUUCGCAGAGUAUUCGGUCCCUACGGCGCCAUCGUCGCCGUUAAGAUUAUUAAUGACCAUGGGACAAGGGGAAAAUGCUAUGGCUUUGUUACUUUUAGAAAUCCAAGGUCAGUCAUUGAUGCCAUCAAUGACAUGAAUGGCAAGACUAUUGAUGGGCGAGUUGUCAGAGUAAAUGGAGUGACAACUAGAGGGGGGAGAUCAAAUUUUGGUCGAGAACGAUUUCGACAUAAUAUAGAGAGGGGUGUGGACUGGGAUAAGGGUAGAGAUCGAGAAAGGGAUUAUGAUCGUGACAGGGACAGGUAUGGAGAACGGUAUAGUGAUAGGUCCAGAGAGCGUGCAAGGUCUUGGGACCGUGAUGAAGAUGAGGAAAGACGAUAUGAGGCUGCACAUGAUCAUGGUCAGGCAAGGGAUGAUUUCUUGGAUAAAGAUCAUAGCCGAGAGAUAGACCUGGUUGGUAAUGAACAAGAAGAAGGAAGGAACAACAGUUGGAAUCAGGAAAGAGGUCGAGAUUUACAUUGGGAUCAAGAAAGGGAGAUGGAUGGAACUAAUGAUGAUCAUGAACUUGUUGACAAGGAUAAAGAUCCAGAAUUAGGGAAACACAAUGAUUCUAGAUAUAAUGAUCAACAUAGUAGGGAAAUGUCUUCAGAUACUAGUGAUGAUUACAAUGAUGAGGUAAAAGAAAGAUUGGAGAGAUCAAUUCAGAGGCGUGAUGAACUUAAAAAGGAGAUCUCUGAGAUGGAAGAGAGGUUAGAAGAGAAACAGCAACUUGUUUCAAAUUUGCGGAAAAGAACUCAGAAGCUGGAGGAUGCUUUGAUUGCUGCAAAGAAGCGCUCUUCACAUAAUAAGGUGCAAUUGACCAAGCUGCAUAAAAGUUUUCUGCAAGUGAAAGAAUACUCUGAAAGACUUAAGAGUUGUGAACAGGAACUUCAGUCUCUUGUUGAUUCAACAAUGAUAGAAAGUGAUGUGGCUGAUGAUGUUGGAAUGAGGGAUGGAGUUCUAAUACACGGCAAUGCUUGAUUUUGGUGCAGAAGAUUAGUGAAAAGAUUUACUUUAUGGAUGAAGAUAUGUACUUUGUAAUGCUUGACUCUGCUCAGUAAUUGUGAUGUAAUUUCGUUUUUAAACUAAGUAGAAAUAUCAGAUAUUGCUCUGCUCCUUCCAAUUUGAGUUAUCUAACUACCAAUCUCAUCUUUCUGAUUC